ACUCGAAGUAAUUCGCGUCAGUUGCUUUGAUAAAAGUGUUCGCAAACACAUCGUUUCGUGCAGUAUAAUUUCUUUCUCAUCUUUCGUUAUAUUUAGUUAAAAUCUCCGAAUAAUUAUUGUUUCGUAAUAUUUAUAUAAUUUUCUUUAGCACUUUAAUCAAUAUGACAAAAAAAAUUGAUUGGACAUCAGCCGAUAAUAUUUUCAAAACAUUUGAUUUAAACAAAGACGAUAUAAUCGAUGAAAACAAAUUUUUUCUUUUAUGCAAGGAAUUUUACGAUGAAAAAGAAGUCAAUGAAAAUGAAUGGAGAGUUAAAGAAAUGUUCAAGAUAUUUAGCUUGAAUGAUCAGAAAGGAUUAGAAAUAUCAAAAUGGAUAAGAUGCUUUACAAAAUGGAUUAAAAAAAAACCUGUAAAUGUAUUAAUAGUAGUCGAUGUACAAAACGACUUUAUUGAUGGAAAUUUAGCAUUACCUAAUCGAACGGGUUACGAAGUAAUAAAACCAAUUAAUCGUUUGUUGAAACAAGCUCGUUGGGACCAAGUUAUUUAUUCAUUCGAUUGGCAUCCUGAGAACCAUAUUAGUUUUUACGACAAUCUUGCUAAACGAGAACUUCAUCCGUCAUCUAAAAUUACAAAAGAAAAAGCUAAGCCUUUUAAUACUGUUACUUUUUUAAAACCGCACGUAGAACAAAUACUUUGGCCAAGACAUUGUGUAAUGAACUCAUGGGGCGCAAAAUUAAAUAAUGAUCUAUAUAUAUUACCAAACUCUAUACAAAUAUAUAAGGGCCAAGAUCCAGAUAGCGAAGCUUACUCGAUUUUCACAAAAGAAAAUCAGGAAAUAAUUUCAUCGAAAAUCAAAGCCACAGAUUUGUACAUUUGUGGAUUGGCCUCAGACGUUUGCGUGAAAGAAACAUGUCUCGAGGGAUUGAAACUGGGCUAUAAUGUCAUUAUGAUCGAAGAUAGCUGCCGCGGUAUCGAUAAGAACAAAACAGAAGAAGCUAAAAAAUUAAUUAUGGAAAACGGUGGUUUGGUGACAAAUAGUAAUCACGUUUUGUCUCUUGUAAACGAAGGAAAACGAAGUUUGAUUCUUGAUCAUCACGCUUUGAACAAGCUUUGUUCUUCCAUUGAUGACAAAAACGCAUUAGUGAACUAAUCUGUUCUUCAUAAUCAUAGAUAGAAACGAUGUUAAUUCUAACGAAAUGGUUCUUUUAAUCUUAGCUCGUCAUAUUCUUUAAAUCAAGUAUUAGUAGUUUAAUAAUAUUUCAAAGUAUUCUUCCAAAAUAAAUCCAUUUUUUUUUAAAUAAAUAUUUUUUAUUAAAUAAUAGCUAUAUAUAUAUAUAUAUAUAUAUAUAUAUAUAUAUAUAUAUAUAUAUAUAUAUGUAUGUAAUGGCGGCGGAUUUACUGGCAGGAAAUGGAGGUGAUACAUUUUUAAUUUAAUAUCUGAUAUAAUAAUUUAUAUAAUUUUUAUUUUAUAAUUUUUAUUUCUACAUUUGCGGUAAUCAAAUUCUCACUUCACCAAUUACAUAAAGAGUUAAAUCUAAAAAUUAUAGAACCCCAUUAAAAAAACAUUUUAGGACUCUUGAAGGCUAAAUUCACCAAUGUCUAUAUCUUUCAGGAUAUCUAAAUUAAAUGAAUAAAAUGUUAUUAAAAACUUGAUGCAUGGAGUUCAAACGCAUUCGUAACGAUAUUGUAUAUCGAUUAACAAAAUUGAUUACACGAAAUUAAAUACACGACACGCGAUAUAUAAAAAAGAAAUUUUUGGAAAUCGAAUGUGAAUUGUAUUUCAUGUAAAUAAUAAAACAAUUCUAGAGAAAUCUUUGAACUCAACUGACAGUAUCGGAUAACAUUCGUGCUGUUCUCUCAAUUUUAUUCGCUGACUCGUCGUCUGUGGUCAAUUCGCAAAUGAAUUUCUGCCUUGACGCACAUUCUUCACCCUUAUAAGAAUAAAUCUUCGAAGAUAGAUCGUAGGACAAUUUUAGACACCUAAAAUAUUUACGUUGAAAAACAAGAAAUUGAACAGAAUGAAAUAUAAAGAAUUAUGAUUGUUAAUAACCUGCCGUUUCCAACGACAGCUUGUUUCGUAUCAUUAUGAAUAGGUCUGGCACUUCCGGCCCAGAUCCAUAAAAGGCCAGGGUUUAAACCACCUGUCCAAAAGUUUUUGCCUUUGAGCUUCGCAUUUCCUUGGAGAUACGAAAUUACAUCCUGAUUUUCAACAAUGGUUUCGAAUUCGACCAAAUGUCCUCCCAUACCUCGGCAAAGACUGGCGGAUGACUUCCAAUCGUAUUCACGAUCACUAAAAUAAUAGCAAUACUGACCGAUGCUCGUGUAGUUCGAUGGGCAGGAAUCUAUAAGAUUUUUAUUAUCAAUAAAAAUGUAAAAAAAUGAUUUUUUUACUAAAGA